AUGCACAGAGCAGAAAUUGAUUUUGCAGAGGAGAUUGACGCAAAUGAGGAAAAAAGAGAACAUUUUGAAAAAGAAGCAAUUGUUAUCGAGUUACACGGAUUUUGUGAUGCCUCUGAGUUAGCUUAUGGAGCUGUAGUUUAUUAUAAAUCCGUCUUCCUAUAUGGUGAAGUGGUGAUAAGGCUGGUAACAAGUAAAUCAAAAGUAUCUCCUAUAAAGCAAGUUACCAUACCAAGAUUAGAGUUAUGCGCAGCUGUAUUGCUUGCGAAGUUAAUGAAUCGAGUAAUAUGUGCUCUGAAAGUGAAUAAUGUAUUUUUCUGGAGUGACUCUUCAAUAGUCUUGGCUUGGCUGAAAAAGAAGCCCUGUUGUAUGAAAACGUUUGUUGCUAAUCGAGUUGCGAUGGUUCAAGAAAUAACGGAGGUGCGACAGUGGCAUCACGUUUCAUCUAAACAGAACCCUGCGGAUCUCAUAUCAAGAGGUGCUGAUCCGGUCAAACUUUAA